GCGACUAACUGCAUGAUUAAAAUGGCGGCCUCCAUAAGGGAAAAAUUCUUGAAGGAUUUCGUCGGAAAAUGGCCAUUUGGUGUAAAGGUCGAAUGUGAAACGAGCAAGGAUUCAAUUGUAACAAGGGCUGAACCUGAGAAGCUGAAAUCAACUUUCCUAAAGUAUGCCAGUGUCACAGAGGGCGGAGAGCAGUACAUGAGCUAUGCAGAUUUUAUCCAAAGAUUUCUUGGUCUGCUGGACUCGAAGGACUAUGAUGAAUACACACUACAGCUGUUUGGCAGCAGUAUUGACACAAGCAGAGACAAGCACAUCUCAUUUACGGAAUUCCAGGCGUUUGAGCACAUGCUGUCACUGCCCGAUGCCAUGUACAGACUUGCCUUUCAAAUCUACGACCGCAACGGCAGCGGAUUUAUAAACCACGGGGAGUUUAAGGACAUUGUACAACACACAACACUUCAUAAACAGAUACCGUUUAACUUUGAUUGUGACUUCAUAAACCUGCACUUUGGAGAGGACAGAAAGAGGAGGAUAUCAUACGCAGAGUUCACACAGCUUAUUCAUGACUUCAAUGAAGAACACGCCUUGCAGGCUUUCCUCAAGUUUGACAAGGAUAAGAACGGCUAUAUAAAUGCCAAGGAGUUCGAGGAAAUCAUGAUGUCACUAAAAAGUUACCUUCUCACAGACUUUGUCAAGGAAAACCUUGUAUCUAUAGCGGUUGGAGACUUCCAUAAAAAGAUAAGUUACGCAUACUUCACAGCGUUUAUCUCCCUUCUCAACAACAUGGAACUGAUGAAGAAGAUCUACAUGGCAGCCACAAAGAGAGACAAGGAGGGCGCUUGUACGAAAGAGGAGUUGAUGUACCAGUCACAGGAGUUCCCCCAGAUCACACCCAUGGAGAUUGACAUCCUCUUUCAGCUUGUACAAUUACGACACCAGUCUAUAGCUAAUGACAAGCACAUCGGGCGACUGACUUACCAGGAUCUGGAGGAUUUAUCUCCCAUGGAAGGCCGGGAAACUCCGUUCUCACUACAGAUGCAGAUUGCAGAGGAAGAUCUAAGGUUGGAGCAGGGAGCCGAGAGAACCCUUCUACUCACCGUCGCUGAGAGUCUCUACAGAUUCGGACUCGGUGCUCUUGCUGGAGCCACGGGAGCCACAGCCGUAUACCCUAUUGACUUGGUGAAAACCCGGAUUCAGAACCAGCGUGCUGGUGGAAUGAUUGGUGAACUCAUGUACAAGAACAGCUUUGACUGUUUCAAGAAGGUUAUACGACAUGAGGGACUUCUGGGCUUGUACAGGGGUCUGGCCCCACAGCUUGUGGGUGUAGCUCCGGAAAAGGCCAUCAAACUUACAAUGAAUGAUCUGAUGCGAGACCGGCUAUGUAACCCAGAUGGCAGUAUAUCAUUGUGGGCAGAAAUGCUCUCUGGGGGUAUUGCGGGAGCAUCUCAGGUUAUGUUUACCAACCCACUAGAAAUUGUGAAGAUCCGUCUCCAAGUAGCGGGCGAGAUUGUCGGGCAGUCGAAAGUCAGCGCUAUCAGUGUUAUACGAGAGUUGGGUUUUCUAGGGCUUUAUAAGGGUUCCCGAGCCUGUUUCCUACGUGACAUCCCAUUUUCUGCCAUCUAUUUUCCUGCCUAUGCUCACUUUAAGAAGUAUUUUGCUGAUGAGAAUGGCUAUAACACUCCAGGCACACUGCUGCUGUCUGCUUUCAUGGCUGGUGCCCCAGCUGCUGCCAUCCCAACCCCUGCUGAUGUGAUCAAGACCCGUCUUCAGGUAGCCGCCCGACAAGGUCAGACUACAUACACCGGGGUAAUUGACUGCGCCCGCAAAAUCUAUAAAGAAGAAGGGUUCGCAGCUUUCUGGAAGGGAACACCAGCCCGUUGUUUGCGGUCAGCCCCCCAGUUUGGCGUCACAUUGCUCACUUAUGAACUGCUGCAGAGAACAUUCUAUUUGGACUUUGGGGGAAGACGUCCUGAGGGAUCAGCAGCCAAGCCUACACAUCUCCAGGAGCAGUUGUCUCGAAACCCCGACCAUAUCGGGGGAUACCGUCUCGCACUCGCCACCUUCGAUGGCAUGGAGAGCAAGCUUGGUCUUUGUCUUCCGAAGUUCCACAAUCCAGUGCAGUCAACUGGCUCGUGAAACAUGGGGUCCCUAGGUGCUUAGAUUUCUAGUAAAACAAUUAAAGACAAUUUUUCGUCAUUUGAUAUGAAUGUCAUACGUGUCAAGAAACAGUGAUAUAUAUUUUUAUUAUUUAUUUUGUUUGCAACAAUUUUUACCACAUGUUUGUUGUUAAAAAAACCCUUGUUAAUGAUGAUCUUAAUAUUGUGUUGUAGUGAAAAUACAAUUAAGCAUUUUUUUUUGCGGGGGAUUAAUGCAGAUAAGAGAUGUUUUUUUGGGGGGAGAAAUGCACCUUAUUGAUUUGUUUUUUACUUAAAAAGCAGGCUGCAUUUGUGUGUGUUUUUGCAAUAGUCUUCAGACUGGAGACAGACAGAAAGUGUUGAGACUUAUUUUGGGCAAAAUAUAAAAAAUUUAAUCUGCCGCAUAAUUAAAUGAUUUUGCAGUAGUGGUCCAAAUCCCGUGUUUAUUGUAAAUCAUGUUAUAAGUGCAUGUUUGAGUUAUGGAGAAAUGUUGUUGACAUAUUUUUUGGUGGGGUUAUUUUUUUUUACCCGUGUUAAAUCACCUGUUAUUGUUUCUUGUUUGGUUGAUGAUCUGUUUAUUAUUAUGGUUUAAAAGGUUGAUGAACUGUUCAACUUUUUUCAAACACAAUUUUGAUUCAACAGUAAACAGUAUUUUCUGUUAAUUUUGUUUUUUGCUUCUUUUUAUUUCAUGGUAUUGAUAAGGACAGAUUGAAUAUGAUUUUUUAAGUUCUUUAGCACAGGACACAAACCUCUUUCUAAAAUUGAUGUGUCCUGCGCUAGAUGGACAUAACUUACAGAUAUAAAUAGAAGGAGUUAUGUAUAUCUUGAGAUGAGAGUUCAAAAUACUGACUGUGUUAUAAAGGCAUUCCCAGUCUCUUCAGGGUAAUGGUAACCAUGUAUUAAUAUGUAAAUUCAAUGCCAUAAAACGCCAUAAACAAUAUUAGGGUUUUAGUUGCAGCAUUUUUGGAAGGGUACUGCACCCUGUCCUUUUUGGGUGGCAGCAUUCUGCGGACAUAGAUACCAGCAUUAACACCCUUAUGCUUUCAAAGAAUUAAAUGCUUAAGAUGAUCAACUAUUUAUUUUGUUUUGAUUUAAACUAACACUAUAAGUAUCAAUACAUGCAGACUUUACAUAAUGUGGCACUUGAAACCGAAUAUUAAUUCAAUUAAACACAAUUCCUAACAUGUUCUGUCAAUUUUACAAUGUUCAAGUUCUUCACAGCUCCCAAUACAGUGUGCCACUUUCCCCUUAGCACCCUGUCCCUCUUCUGCAGCCUGUCCUUAAUAUCCUGGCUAGUCCCCUAAUAUUAUGUUUGUGGCACAUUCAACUACAGCAUACUUAGGAAUAAUAGAUAUUGCCUGGAAUAACAGAUCUUGGAAGUUUUCGUAGCAUUCUGUGUUUAAUAGGAAUGUCAUAAUAUGCCAAAAGCAUACCAUUGUGUAAUGCACUACAAAGCAAUAAGCCCGAUAUGUAUGAGGGUAAAUUGCUUCAUUGAAACUGUAGAUGGAUUAAGACUUAUUGGCUCUAUUAUUGAAAUGCAAACUGCUAAAACAAACCAUAUAUCUUAAUCAUAUGACUGUAAAUGACCAUAAUGUUGAAAGUGAUGUUGCUGACUCCAUCACCACUAUUUUAUUACAUAUGUGUUGCAAAUUGAACGGAAAUUAAUGGAUUCUAUUCUUAUGUUUUAAGUCAAAUUAUAAUCCAAAGUUUUGCCAUAUUUCAGUGUUCGGCUUUUUGUUAUGAACUACUAGUAUUUUGUAUUCAUUGUUCUUAUCAGCCAUGUUGAUUACUUUUGACUCUUCGUCACUAAACGCUUGAUUUCAGGUAAAAAUUAAUAAUCAUAAACUCCAGCAUGAUGGGAAAUAAGAUCUUAUGGAAUAAUUUUCUUGACUCAAAAUGUUUCUAUCAGAGGAAACCAUGUGAAGACCAAAAAUUAUCGUGACACCUCUAGUUUCGAAUAUAACUUUCAUAUAUUUUACAUAAAGUAGAACCCAGUUGCCUCGAACGCCAAUGGAUCAGCAAAAAUAUCUCGAGCCUCGGAAAAUUCAAAAUCAAGCAGGAAUGCUUACCUUCAGUAUAAAGAAAUCAGUCCUUUACAUCGUGUUCGAGCCAACAAGGAAUUUGAGCCAAUGGGGUCCGACUGUACUUUUUUCAUGACUACUAGUGGUACAGUUGAUAAUACAAGUUAAAGGCGUUGUUUUUUAUGAGACAUGUUUCCAUAUAAGUUGUUAGUAUAUAUAGAUGAAAAAUUACCCCAGCUGUUGUUAUGAAAGUACUGUUAAUUUUUAUGUGUUACUUUUGUAACUUAAACUUAAAACAAAUGAUUAUACUUUAAAUUCUUCAGUAACACAUUUAAGUCAAAAACAAUUAUGAGAUUUGGAAAUGAAAAAAAGGCUUGUUGCCAUCUGCAUUGUUCAUACAGAUUUAGGAUUAAGUUUCAACUAAAAAACAAAUGAAGCAGGCCCCAAGAAUAUGGAGAGAAAGUGGGAUAUUAGGCAUUAUUGCUUACAGGGUAACACCUUCAAUAUUACUGUGGAUUGUUAAAGUUGCCCGAGGGAUUAAUAUUUGUUAUUUGUAGACUAUGCCGAUUAUUAAUUUACUGAUGAUAGUCUUGUAUAAACGAUGGCAUAGAUAAUUUUGUAAGCUCCCAACGAAACUUUAACAAUCUACCAUAUAUAUAUGUAAAAAGGCAGCAUUAAAGAUGGGCCAAUUGUUUAGAACUUGAAGUUGUUAACGCCAUUGAUUUUAACUUUCAGAUACUUAAUAUUUUGGAAGUUUCAUCAUACACAUGUAAUCUGCAGAAUUAAUAACCAGGCCCCAAUUUCUGGGAAGUUCUUAAGCUUAACAGGCUUAAGUCGCUUAUUUCAAUUAGCCAAAAUACAUACUCAAAAUGGAUUUUGAUAAAUGAAAAAUGGUUUAUUCUGAAAAACAUACAGAUAAUUCCUACAUAAUUUUUAAAAAUUCUUGAAGAAGUAAAUAUAACACAUUUUAUAGAAGAACACAAAUAGUGAGAUUAGCUUAAUCCUGUUUUUAAGGGACUUAAGAAGUUUCGAGAAAUUGGGGCCAGAAAUGAGACUUGUGUUUCAGCUAUACAUGUUAGAUUUAAAUAUAUGAGCACAUUAUAAACUAUUUCAACUCUGAUGGUUACCAACAAUGCUGUUUACAAUGUAUAAAGUUCUGAACAAUUGACUAUGUAUAUAAUUAUUAUUAGAAUUAUAAGCCCGGAAGUUUUUGAUUUGGAAAUUAUUGUUAAGUAUGGAAGAUUUUGAAUAUGAAUGGCAGUCUGUGAUUUGUUGGAGAGUUGAGGGCUAUUUAACUUGUGUAGGGUAACUUAGCUUUGAAUUUAGGGAGAGGAUUAUAAUGAUCUUGAAGGGAAAUUGGAGUGAAUUCAUUCUAGCUACAAGAAUUAUGUUGAAAUUUGCUCACAUAACUUAAACACUAAAUCUUUACAAUGAAUUGAUGGACAUAUACUGGUAUAUUAGAUUUAAAUAUACUAUAUAUGAGAUGCUUAUUUUUUUAAAGUGAUCUUAAAGAUGAAAUCUAUUAUAAAUAGAGCACAAAUCUGAGACAUAAUCCUUGGAGUUAAAGACACAAGGUAACAAGCAACAGUAAAAUAUAGAAGGUUUUUGGACCUUUCAGCGUUAAAGCUGCACUCUCACAGAUUGACGGUUUUUACAUUUUUGUUUCAGAAUCUGCCUCAAUGCCCUCAAUUCAGUCAUAUAGGAUAACUCACAAUAGAACAGAUCUCAAUUGCUUGAAAAUAUGAUUUUUCUUUAAGUGUUGGUAACGCUUUUAGCCAUAAAACAUCAAUAUUUAACUGUGAAUAUGAAAAAAUUGAGAUCUGAUCUUUCGUCAGCAGUGUUAUAUCACUGGUUUUCAAACUUUUGAUCAGCAGUGGGCUCAUUCUAACACAAAAAAUAGUUGUCAAAACCGUAAAUCUGUGAGAGUGCAGCUUUAACCUCGAAAAUGAUUUUUUUCUGUUUAUUGUCUUUGAUUCACAUACAAAUAAGAUUGUAUAAUCCCCCUUUCAAGAAUGAAGGUAUGAUGUCAAACCAGCCGUGUCAAUGUUUUAUCAGUCUUUUCCUCUUGACACAAGCUUGUCGGCUUCCUGCAUUGUGUCGGAGAUAUACUAGCGGAAUAAAGAAAACUGUGCAUUCAAAAAUAUACUAGUUUUAAAUUUAACCAAGAAGUUGCAAUGUUUAAAGAUGAUUUAAUUCUGAAGAUUGUCACAAGUUUUGAGAAAGUACCUCAUUGUAACACAGCUACAUUUAUGUUUCAGCUAUUUGAUGAAAUCAUCAUGUUAUCAUGGAAAAGCUUUACACUAUUUUAGACAAAUUUCUUUUUAUGCACAGGUUUUUUUCCUGAUAGUACAUUAAACGUAUAAUUGGGAAAUAUAAAUUAAAAGAAAACAACACAAUAGUAUGAUUGCCAAAAAUGUUAUAAAAAUGAAAAUAUAGUAUUAUCUUUUUCUGUGUUAAGGUUUCCUGUUGUGUUUGUGAUGUUGAAAAAUAGCUUUAUGUAUAUAAUUCAAGCCAAUAAAACAUCUAUGUGAGAAAUGUACAAGGGAAAAACUGCAAUUAUAGAGUUUGUUAUGAUAACGAAUUAAUAAUAAAUGAUAUAAUAUACUUUAAUUGUAAAUCAAUACCUUAUACCGGUACUAAUUAUUAUAAAUUUUAGUUGUAGUUAUAAAAAUGGAUCUACACAGCUUAAGUGAUCAGAAUAUAUAUUUCAGGUAUAAUACUCCAAGCAUUGAUCUGUAUAGAACUGAACUAGACACACCAUUUGUAGAUAUCACCUUAAUUUAUGUUGCUACCAAAAUAUAUACAUUGCUUCUCAAUUGUCUUCCUUUAAAGCUGCACUCUCACAGAUUUACCGUUUUUACAACUUUUUUUAUUUUUUUGUCUUGAAUGAGCCAAUUUUUGCAUAAAUAUAUGCAAACCAGUGAUAAAAGACUGCUGACAAAAGAUCAGAUUGCAGAUUUUCAUAUUUCCAUAAUUUUUUUUAAGGUUUUAUGGCUUAAACCGUUACGGUUUAGAAAAAAUGCAAAAUACACCAUUUUUUUAACUUCAGUAUAAAAAUCUGCAAUCUAAUUUUUUGUCAGCAGUCUUUAAAGUCUGGGUUACAUGCAUGUUCGCAAUAAUUGGCUCAAUCCAAGACAAAAAAUAUAAAAGUUGUCAAAUGUUGAAUCUGUGAGAGUGCAGCUUUAAGAACCAUUACGAAUAUAGUUAAUGAAAGGAUCAGUGAAUUGUUUUGCCUGUUACAUUUUACAAAACAGACUGAUCUUUCUGAUUCUUGCUUUAUCUUUAACUGGCUGAAAAUUAACCUCAUUUUCACCGAAUAAAUUCCCCAUUUUCUUAUGGUCUUCAGUUCCGAGAUAACUUUUGUUGGCCAGUGUUAAAUGCAAUCUCAAAUACUGAAUUGGUGCUUUUUAUGCUUUGGCAUAUAAAUAUUGUAAUUUUCAAUAUACCUUGAUCAAUAUUGUGUAAAUAAAUUCAUAUAAUACACUUCUUUGCCUUUAACAUUCUGGGUUCACUAUUUCCUUUUUUCAGGCAUAAUAUGUGUUUUUGCAUUCUCAAAGUAUUGCUAUGCGGUGCAAAAUUGUAUAUGUUUGUUUUUAUGUUUUCUUUGAUAAUGAUAAUACAGAUUCUUAUCCGAUUUUAUGUAAGAAAAAGUCUCAGUGCUCAACUUGCCUUUUUAUAUAAAAUAGUUUACAACUGAGAGUAAAACUAAUAAGAUGCAUUAUGUGAAAGUUACUGCACGAUCUACAAGUUAUCUAAGUUAUUGAAAUUGUACACUAUGAGAACUAAGCACAAGUUAUUUAUAAUUUCAAUCACGAGAGUAGUGGGUGGAGUAACUGUUUUUGAACCAUGUUGUCAAGGGCAACGUUCAAUAAAUAGCGUUCAAUAACUAGUGUGCUUAUAUUGAAAUAGUAUUGUUGUCAUUUAUCAGCAUACUUCUUACUGCACGCUAUGAGCUCUGCCUGUUGGUUACCAUUUGAGAAUUAAUGAUUAAAUGAAAUCGUAGAAAAUACUACCAAAAUAAGUUAAAAAAUAGUCCUGUAUAAGCAUAGACCUUUACUACUUUGUAAAUAUUUAAUUAUCAGUUUGAAACUACUUUCAACUGGAUGUUAAAAUAACCAUUUUGUUAUAAAUUAUUAUCAAGAAUUUCUCUCUGCUGUUCACAUUAGGCCCUUGUUAUGUUGCUUACAGCAACACUCCAAUACACUUUACAAUGAAUAAAACGUGCACUUAAAAGUUA